GAUGCGAGACAUUGUUCGAUUAGGGUUUGCUGUUGAAGUGCGAGUGCGAGGUUGCUCUUCUUCCAUUUGUGUUGGUUCGAAUGUGGUUUCUCUGAGACCCAUUCUAUGGCUGGAUUGUCCAGGCAAAUGUGCACAACAUUUCUUCAGCUACUCGUCAUGUGGUUGUCGGAAGCGGCGGAAGAGGGCUGUAACGAUUCUUAACACGUGCUUCGCGGGCUUGUAGUUGCGUAAUUUACUGGCUUCGUUCAGCCUUGGGUAAUAGUACCUCUGAAGUCAAGCAAACGAAAUCUAUCGCCGCCGUCUGCUAUAAAUUAAUUGGCACAAACUGCAAGACAAACUUCAACCUACGUGUAGAAAUGUUAAAGCUAACAAUAGAAAGGUUGUGCGUGGAGUAACCCCCCUUCUAGCACGAUCAACACUGCAUAAAUCCUCAAUUAUUUCUGCAUUCUCAGCCAAAGUUGUGACCGGUAGGCAUUUUAGUUUGUGUUGGUUGGGCACAGAAUGCUAUGGAAUCAGGCUUGGAGAUUGGAGAUCUUGUUUUCAGUUUUUAUUCUUAGAAAUGAAUAGUUGCCAUGUUCCUCCGAGCAAGGAAUUUGUAUUAUAAAGGAGAUGAAUGCCUUCACCGAGCUCUGCAAUUGCGGUGCGUGUCUCGUGGAGAGCGCACGAGUGUACAAUGCUUGUUUCGGUAUCAAAAUAUUUCAGCAGGAGAAGGACAAAUAUAGUCGUUUCCUCAAAGCAUAACGAGUGCAAGGAUGGAGCUUGUACUCUUUCGUCGCUGCAAGGGAUUCAUGAUACCAUAGAGAUGAUCGAAUAAGAGGCGGAAUAUUUAUGGUGAAACAGCAUAGAACCACAACCGGCAUUAUGGGUAUGCUCAUUCCCUUGAAAUUUUAUUUCACUUUCCUUAAAAAAACCUGUUGCAAGAAUUAUACACUCUAUUUACUCCGAUGUCUAGAGGAUGGAAUUGGGAAACUGAAGACGGCGGACGACAUCAAGAAUGGGUUAACCUCGGAAACCGUGGAGGCAUUGACAGAAGAGUCGCAGAGACAAUUUGAGCAGUUUGUUUCGGGCGCUCAUCAAAUGACUGCUUGUGCUCUCACUGCCAUUGAAGCGUGCAGCGUCGAUGUACCUCAAACUGCUCAGCUCCUACAGCUCCUGGCCAACCAAGGGUGUGACCGGCAAAAGAAGCAAGAAUGCUUAGAGUCGUUGCAUUCCGCCUUCGAAAAGCACAUGAUCAAAUGCGAAGAAGAAGAAAAGAAGCACAUCCAGAAUCUUUGGGGUUCGAUGAGCACUCAGCAGCAGGACCUCCAAGUUCGACUAGAAAUUGGUAAUCGGUUGCAGACGUUGAGACUUAAGAAGCAGAAAGUUGGCGAAGCGUUGUUGUGGCUGGAGAUAAUGUCCGGGCCUCCACCCUGAAGCUGCACACAACCUGACAGUAUUCAUAGUAUUCUUAAUAAAGCUAUAGCAAAAUCAUCGAGAAAUUGGCAGCUCAUUUUAUGCAGAGACAAAACCCGCAGGCUGUGCAGAUUUUGUACAAUAGUCCUAACAAGCUCCGGAUUGUAAUAGCAAGUAUGCUCCAAUGUUUGUGGAUGUAGUAGCUCAAAAAGGUAGAGCUUUGCUCGCAGAUGGUGAAAACACAGGGAGCCACAAACGUGUCAUUUCGGUAUUGAAUAUUCACAGAUGAUGAAGCUGAAACUUCUGUUGGAGUCUGAUCCCAACCUGCUUCGUGCACAGCAAAUUUUGUUUGGGCCAUUUAGGAGAUUUAUGAGAGUGAUCUGUAACCCGAUCAAUGUGUCUUC